AUGGCCCUUUGGCUGCUACUUCAUCUUACCUUCCUCAGGCUCGCAACCACUCAGUCCUUCGCCCAGGAGCAUGGCUUUGGUGCACUGGGCCCCAGGUCAUGGAGUAACCUCAACCUCCGUUUCUCAGUCUGGCCAUCCUUCAACCUCAGCUCACCCCAGGAGUUUCAGGAAAUCAUCCAGAUUCCGAACAACGGAAGUGCGCCCCUGCUUGUGGAUGUGCAAGUGUUCGUGUCAAACGUGUUUAAUGUGGACAUCCUGCGGUACACAUUGUCCUCCAAGCUGCUGCUUCGGCUGUCUUGGCUGGACACUCGCCUGGCCUGGAAUUCUACUGGGCACCAGCUGGGCACAGUCACAUUGCCCUGGGACUCACUCUGGACGCCGGGACUCGUUAUCCGGGAGGCGCUCUGGGUGAACUGGCAGGACCAGAACCCGCGGGCCCGGGUGGACCAGGAUGGCCGCGUCGAGCUCUACCUGGCCCUCACCACGGAAACCAACUGUGACUUUGAGCUCUUCCACUUCCCCAGAGACCAGAACGAAUGCAAGCUCAGCUUCUUCACUCUCAGCAACACUGUGAUGGAGCUGGAGUUCCGAGCCAGAGUGGUGAAUGAGAUCGUGAGUGUCAAGAGGGAAUAUGUAGUUCAGGACAUGAAAGCUCAGACCCCAUCCCAGCAGCUGGUGCCCUGCUUUGAGGUGACGUUGAGCGUGCAGAACACAGCGCUGAAGGCCAUCAUAGCGCUACUGGUUCCCGGGCAGGCGCUGCUGCUGGCUGACUUGUGCGGGGGGCUGCUGCCCCUUGGGACUGAGCGCACUGCCUACAAGGUGACCCUGCUGCUGAGCUACCUGGUCUUCCACUCCUCCCUGGUGCAGUCCCUGCCCAGCUCCUCCUCUUGCAACCCGCUGCUCAUUUACUACUUCACCGCCCUGCUGCUGCUGCUCUGUGUCAGCACCACCGAGACCGUGCUGUUGGCUGGGCUGCUGGCCAGGGAAAACCUCAGGGCUGAGAGCAGCCCCAGCUCAGCCCCGAGGGGAGAGCAGCAAGACUGCGGGAACCCAGGGCAUAGUCCUGAAGAAGCCCUCAGAGGAGUAAAGGGGUCAAGGAGGAGCCAGGCUGAGUUUGCCGACCACAUCUUCUUCCUGGUGUAUGUGGCGGGGGUGAUGUGUGGCCAGUGCAUCUUUGCUGGCCUCUGGAAGUGGGUGACGUGCCAGGCUGACCCAGCCCCUGGAGAAGCCGCACAGCACGGCGGGCAGCCCAAGCUGUAA